AAUAGAGAGAAUCAUUCGUAGAGUGCAGGCAGUGUUAAGGAAAAAAAAAAAAAAAAUUAGUGCCUUGCUCAGAGCGGAGGUCUCUUGUUGUGUUCUUAGUUUCACAGAGUUUCUAGUGAGGAUUUGGAAGAGGGGUGAUUGACCCUCAAUUUUCAAACCAUGUUAACUUUCAUGGAGAUGCUUACAUCUUUGAUCACAGCUGCUGGUGUGAUUGUACUUUGUCCCCUAGUAAAAGGACUCGUACCUUGCUCAUUCCUCAAUAAUCUCUUCUCCAUCUAUGAAGAAUAUUUUUGCACGCCUAAAAUCACUCUCUUCUUUCGCACGGAUUGUGGUCUCAGUGACAAUCAAAUGUAUGAUGUUGCCUCAACCUACCUCCGUGCCAAGAUUGUUGAUUCAUCAAAAUGUCUCAAUGUUGGCAAAACCGUUAGGCAAGAGAAGCCAACCUUUGAUAUAGUCCCGGGUGCAGAGGUUAUUGAUUCCUUUCGAGGCAUUAAAGGGCUCAAAUGGAAGUUACAUGCAGAAAAAGGAUUUGAUGGCCGUGAAUGUCGUAGAUAUUUUACGCUUUCCUUUGAUAAGAAACUCAAAGAGGUUGUGCUAGAGUCUUAUUUAGCUGAAGUAAUAUCUCGUUCUAAGGCUAUACAAGAAGCAGAAAGGGUGUUAAAGCUUUAUAGCCGUGAUUUCGUCUAUGGUACACCUGGUCGUGAAUGGAGUUCUAUUGUUCUUGAACACCCAACCACAUUUGAGAAGUUGGCAAUGGACCCAGAGCAGAAGAGGAUGCUCAAGGAUGAUCUGGACAAGUUUAUUAGUAGAAAGGAGUGGUAUAAGAAAGUUGGCAAAGCAUGGAAGCGAGGGUAUUUGCUUUACGGGCCUCCGGGUACUGGUAAAUCAAGCUUGAUUGCUGCCAUGGCUAAUUACCUCAAGUUUGAUGUCUAUGAUUUGGACCUUACAAGCAUACGCUCAGAUUCAGCGUUGAGAAGGAUAUUUCUUUCCACAUCUAAUCGUUCAAUAAUGGUAAUUGAGGAUAUUGAUUGUGCAAAGUUGGAAGAUCGAGACAAAGAGGAAACGUCUGAUCAGCUGAUUCUGAAAAAGCCUAAGUUCACAUUAUCAGGUUUAUUGAACUUCAUUGAUGGAGUAUGGUCAAGCUGUGGAGAAGAGCGAAUUAUUGUGUUCACCACCAAUCAUAAGGAGAAGCUUGAGAAGCUUGAUCCCGCUUUGUUGCGCCCAGGCCGCAUGGACGUGCAUGUGCACAUGUCAUAUUUAACCAUGGAUGGGUUCAAGCAGUUGGUUUCUAACUAUCUUGGUAUCAAUGGUGAUCACCAACUCUUUGAAGUGAUUGAGGCAUUGCUGAAGAAUAAACAAGUUACUCCAGCUGAAAUUGCUGAGGAACUUUUGAAGAGUGAAGAUCCCAAUAUUGCUCUUCGAGGAGUCGUGGAAUUUCUCGAGCAAAAGUAACUAGAGAAUGGAAUCAUCAUUUGUUGGGUUUAUGGAUAUCAAUUAUGUGUGGGUAUGGCUAUGUAUGCAUUCUUAUGUAUCUCUUUAUCAUGGGUGUAGUACUUCUUGUAUUUUGUGCGACUCUCUAUCAUGUAAUAUAAUCUCUGUUUGUGAUGAAUAAAUGUAUGUAUGUUCGAAAUUGGAUGAAUAUGCUUAAGAAUGUAUUCAAACUUCAAAA